AUGGAGCUCCCCUUUAGCAGCAUUACCCUCCUUUCCCGACCGGAACGAUUCUCAGGCGACUCGGGGAACGUGUUCCAGUAUGCGGCGGCGGAGCGUAAAGCGGCAGCCUCCCUCUUGACGCUUCGCCAGGGUCGUCGUCGCGUUUCGGACUACGUGAUCGAGUUCCGGAUCUGCGCCGCCGAGACAGAGGACCGUCUGGGCCGGCGACGGGAGGGUCGCUGUUUUUACUGCGGGUGUCUGGGACACUUGAUCGCCCGCUGUCCGAUUCGACCAAAGCACCCCGACAUCAGGAUCUUUACUCCGAACGUAUUUGUGUACCUCGACGAUAUUCGAAUCUUUUCAUCAAAUCUGAACUCUCACAUCCAACAGGUCAGGGUGGUGCUCCGGCGUCUGUUGCAGCACCAGCUGUUCGUAAAUCUGGACAAGUGUGAGUUCCACCGAGCGUCCAUGUCCUUCCUGGGUUUUAUCCUGGCAGAGGGGGAGAUGCGUAUGGAUCCUGGGAAGGUCGACGUGGUGCUGCGUUGGCCUACCCCCGCCAGCAGGAAGGACAUACAGAGGACCUGCCAGGUGACCUUUAACAGGCUUAAGGCAAGUUUCACCGCUGCGCCCAUCCUCAUUGUUCCAGACCCAGAUCGCCAGUUUAUGGUGGAGGUUGACUCAUCUAAUUUGGGAAUCGGAGCCAUCUUGUCUCAGAGGAGUCCCAAGGACGGAAGGAUCCACCCAUGCGUGUUCCUGUCUAGGAAGCUGACCCUGGUAGAGAGGAACUAUGACGUAGGAGAUCGAGAACUGCUGGCGGUCAAGACGGCGUUGGCGGAGUGGCGGCACUGGCUAGAGGGCUCGCAAGUGCCGUUCGUGGUCUUCACUGACCACAAGAACCUAGAGUACCAAAAGACCGCGAAUCAAGUGGGUAGAGUAUGCCCACAAUUCUCUGCCCUCCACAGGUAUGGCUCCACUCCACGUCGUGCAUGGCUAUCCUCUGUCUCUGUUUCCUCCACUGGCCGCAGACUCUGUGGUCCCGUCAGCCCUGGCCGUGGUACGACUCUGCAAACGAACCUGGGAAGCAGCUCAGAGGACACUGCCACGCAUGAGCAGUGCCUACAAAUCCGCAGCGAACCGCAAGAGAAGGGCCGCACCAGUACUCAGGGUGGGACAGCGAGUAUGGCUCUCCACCAAAGAUCUCCCGCUGCGGACGGAAUCCCACAAACUUGCUCCCAGGUCGAUGAGGGUGCACCCUACGUUCCACGUCAGCAGACUUCGCCCGAAUCGCGCUUCGCCGCCGGCUCCUCCGGCCAAGACCCCCACGCCCCCCCCCCCCCCGCAUGCUGGACGGUGGGCCGGUGUAUACUGUGCGCCGGCUGCUGUCUUCCCCCCGCAGGGGAAGGGGGGUCCAGUACCUGGUGGACUGGGAGGGAUAUGGACCGGAGGAGCGCUCCUGGAUCCCCUCACGUUUCGUCGUGGACCGCUCCCUCAUCAGGGACUUUCACGCAGCCUAUCCUGAUGCUCCUCGGCCGUUGAGGGAGGGGUAUUGUCAUGCUCCUGGCUUCCUGCUCAGGCUGGGCGUGGCUAGCCAAUUAGUCAGCGCACACCUGCACCUUGUCCCAGCUGAUGCCUCCCAGUGUGUGUGUGUGUGUAUAUAUAUAUAGGACCCGGGGGACGACUUGUCCUCCGCCAGAUCGUCGUCCUUGAUGCCUCGUUCCCGCACUCCUGUUUGCCUGACUUCUGCUCUCCGUGUACCGACCCAUGCCUGUC